AUGGCAACCACUAAGCAACGCCUCGCUCUCUCAAUAAUUGAUUUCCUGACCACCUCCCUCACCGACGGAACUCUGACCGAAGAAGACCGUGACUCCAUCGACGUGGCCACCACCUGUAUUUCCGAGUCUUUCAAAGUAGACCCAACCGACUCGACACCGAAAGACACACAAUCCCUCCUCCAAAUCUACAGCGUCUACGAAAAGCUCAAAUCUAAGGCCCCGGGUGCCUCCACAACCACUGCUCCCGCCGUUCCAGCUGCCCCUUCAGCUCCAACUGAAGCCCAAAAAGCUGAAGCCGAAUCUUUGAAGAGCCAAGGCAAUGCAGCAAUGGCGCAAAAAGACUACCCAAAGGCUAUCUCCCUCUACUCCCAAGCUCUAGCCCUCGUCCCAGGAAACCCUAUCUUCCUCUCCAACCGCGCAGCCGCAUACUCGGCUUCCAAAGACCACACAUCUGCAAAGGCAGAUGCCGAAGCUGCCGUUGCCGCAGACCCGAAAUACACAAAGGCCUGGUCCCGUCUCGGCCUUGCGCGGUUCGCGCUUGGCGAUGCGAAAGGUAGCAUGGAGGCUUACUCCAAGGGAAUUGAGUACGAGGGUAAUGGUGGUUCGGACGCUAUGAAGAAGGGCUUCGAGACGGCUAAGAAGCGGGUCGCUGAGCUGGAAGGCGAGGGCGAGGACGAGGACGAGGACGACGAGAUGACAGACCGUGGAGCACCUGGUAUGGGGGCGGGCGGAAUGCCGGAUCUGAGUGCCCUUGCUGGCAUGUUUGGUGGCGGUGGAGCGGGAGGUGCGGGUGGGGGAAUGCCGGAUCUGAGCAGCAUUAUGAGUAACCCGAUGUUUGCUUCUAUGGCACAGAAUCUGAUGAGCAACCCGGAUAUGAUGAAUAACCUCAUGUCGAACCCGCGGAUUAGGGAUAUGGCGAAUCAGUUUGGCGCUGGUGGUGCCGGUGCCGGUGCCGGUGCCGGUGCUGGAGGGGAAGGAGGACGAGGUGCCGGUGGUGGGAUGCCGGAUUUGAGUAGCUUGAUGAGCGAUCCUAGUAUUGCCGAGAUGGCAAGAAACAUGAUGGGAGGCGCAGGACGUGGAGCUGGACGUGGGGCCGGGCAGUAG